UUUUAAGCAGUUGAUCAACAACAACUACAAAAAAAUUGAUAUAUAAUAGUCAUUUAAAAAUAUGCUAAUCUAGUAUGUCUGCUGUAAGAGGAGGUGAGGAGAUUUAUUACUGGUCCAUUGGAUCUGGUGAGGUGUGUCUAGGUAGUUGCAAUAAAAGCAGAGUGACUUCCCUCCACCCGUCACUGCUAUAGGAGCUCUGCAUACGUUUGACUUGACGCAAAGGCAGAAGUAGACAUGGGGAAAAAGAGGAUCCCUGAGCUCACACUAUCCCUCCUUCUCACUGCUGCUCUUUGCCUGGGAGCAAAGAUCCAGACCUUAGUUUAUCUUCCCGACGUAACUUUGAACUGGGAUGAUGCGAGACAGUACUGCCAGAGGGAGCACGUAGACUUGGUGACUAGGACGGUGGUGAGCGUCUUCCCACUGGUUAAGGUGAUGACGGCCGCUGGCGUCAAAAUUGCCUGGAUGGGUCUGCACAGACGUCUUGACAAACCGACAGUGUGGAAGUGGGUAGAUCUAGAAACUGGUAAAGGGAUCUCAGGAGCUGAUCUCUCAUGGAGGUCUUACUGGGCCAGUAUGGAGAAGAGCAAUCAUUGUGCCUAUAUGGCAGAUAAUCUCAUGUGGUACAGUGCUCCAUGUUCAAAGGCAUAUCCUUAUUACUGCUCUGACGGGAAAAGGGUUGAGUAUCACAGUUUUAACAGGAGCUGGUACAAUGCUUCAUGGUCCUGCCAAGAACAGGGUAGUUAUCUAGCCACCAUCGACAGUUCCAGCAAAGAUUAUGUUGCUGAAGGGGGUUGGAUUGGACUGUACAGAAAGACUGAACAGGACUGGAGCUGGGUUGGAAAUCUGUCAUCGAGGUACAGAAACUGGGCACCAAGCCAUCCAUUUGUUGAAGACUGUGGGUAUUUUUCUUCUACUGUGAAACUGUGGCACAGCACCAAAUGCGACAGAGAGCUUUGGUUUCUCUGCUACGAUGUCAACGUGGUGGUGGUGAACGAGAACAAGACGUGGGAGGACGCUCUGAGACACUGCAGGGGGAUGGAAAGAACGUGCGCCCCCUAUAACGGGCCCUGCGUCAAAAACUUCGACCUCGUGAGCCUGACGGACCCGUUUGAAUUCAGACACAUCAGAAGAAAGAUUGACAGACUGACCAGCACUAAUGAGGUGUGGACGGGCUUACGCUUCCUGGGAGGGGAGUGGUGGUGGUCGAAUGGAGAGGAGCUGGACCAGGAUGGGGCGCUGCCAGACUGUCCUCCGCAGGGUGAACACUGUGGGGUCUUGUCACGCAAGACAAAUGAUUUGGAGAUACGAGACUGCGCAGAAAAGAGAAACUUUGUGUGCUCUGGUGAGGUAGAAGAGUAGGGAACAUAAAUGCUGCAGUGAAUGAGUGCUUAUUGAACAGACAGGUUUGAUUCUAUGUUGAUCUAAAUAUUACUUUUUGUAGGACUCAUUUUGUUCUUUAUGUGAUGUUUCAACAACAUUUGUAAGUGAAUCUGUGGUGUAAACAUUUAAUAAUUAGACAGAGAAAUUGAUAUAGACAAAGUAUGUAAAUACAGACAAUUAAAUGCUCCGUGAAAGCAAAUAAACUUGUUUGUCUGCUUUUUUAUGAGACUUUUUUGUUUAGCUCAUGUACCUUAAAAUUUCAUGACAUAAAACUGCUGUGAGUAGGUAGGCUGCUUUUGAAUUAAA